GCACGUGUGGAUCUGCGUGGUUGAUCAACUUAACCUCAAAGUUCUAUUUGAAUUUAGAAAUUGUGAUACGUUACGUAUUAAAUUCUACAAUAUAACUUUAUUCUGUCAAUAAGCUUUAUAAAAAUGGUGCGAAAGAAGAUAGAUAACAGGAUUCGCAUCUUAAUUGAGAAUGGAGUCAAGUCGGGUCACAGAACAAUGUUCGUUGUUGUCGGUGAUAAAGCACGUGAUCAGGUGGUCAUACUACAUCAUAUGCUGUCAAAGUCAGUGAUUAAAGCACGACCCUCUGUGCUGUGGUGCUAUAAAAAAGAACUGGGUUUCAGCAGCCACCGUAAGAAGCGCAUGAAGUCGUUACAACAAAAGAUAAAAUCUGGGAAACUGAACGUCAAUGAGGAUGAUCCUUUUGAAUUAUUUGUCGUUUCAACCGACAUCCGCUACUGCUAUUAUUCCGAGACACAUAAGAUUUUGGGAAACACAUUUGGCAUGUGUGUUCUCCAGGAUUUUGAAGCAUUAACACCAAAUCUCUUGGCUCGUACAAUUGAAACCGUGGAGGGAGGUGGAAUAAUUGUUUUACUUCUACAAUCUUUGAAUUCCCUGAAACAGUUAUAUACAAUGACUAUGGAUGUUCAUCAACGUUUUCGCACCGAAGCUCACCAGGAUGUGGUGUGCAGAUUCAACGAAAGAUUUCUACUUUCUCUUGCAUCUUGCAACCGCUGUCUUGUUGUCGAUGAUCAGCUAAGAGUGCUUCCGAUAUCUUCACAAAAUUUGAAAAUUGAAGCAGUAGAAAAGGCCGGCGAAUCCGAAGAGCAAAGUGAACUAGACAUAUUGAAAGAUAGCCUUCGAGACACUCAGCCUGUCUCUGCACUUGUUAAUUGCUGCAAGACUGUUGACCAGGCUAAGGCUCUGCUCACAUUUAUCGAAACAAUAUCUGAAAAGACACUUCGAUCUACCGUUUCUCUAACCGCUGCCAGAGGACGUGGAAAAUCUGCAACAAUGGGUCUUGCUGUUGCUGCAGCUGUUGCAUUCGGCUACUCUAACAUAUAUGUUUCUAGCCCCAGCCCAGAAAAUUUGAAUACAUUCUUUGACUUUGUUUUUAAAGGAUUUGACGCUUUGGCGUAUCAAGAACAUUUAGACUAUGGACUUGUACAGUCAACUAAUCCAGAAUUCAAUAAAGCAACUGUUCGGGUAAACAUUUUCAGAGACCAUCGACAAACCAUUCAGUAUAUUUAUCCUACCGAUGUACAGAAACUAAGUCAAGCAGAGUUGCUUGUAAUUGAUGAAGCAGCAGCAAUACCGUUGCCUUAUGUCAAGGCCAUGCUAGGGCCUUACCUGGUAUUUCUCGCUUCCACAAUAAAUGGGUACGAAGGUACAGGACGGUCGUUAUCCUUGAAACUGUUACAACAAUUGAGAAGCCAAACGACAGGAUCGAACAAACAUGACAAGAGUUCCCAGUCUAGUAAAGAUAAUCAGACGGUUGGGAGGCAGUUGCAUGAACUUACACUUGAAGAAUCUAUCAGAUACAAGUCUGGUGAUUCUGUGGAGCAGUGGCUCACUGAACUACUUUGUCUUGAUGCAAUGACGCAAGCUCCUAUUCUUUCUGGCUGCCCACCUCCCGAUACUUGUCAAUUGUAUUACAUCAACAGGGAUACUUUAUUCUGCUACCACAAAGCUUCAGAAAUGUUUUUACAAAGGUUGGUUGCGUUGUACGUCGCUUCACAUUAUAAAAAUAGCCCAAAUGAUCUGCAAAUGAUGUCAGAUGCUCCAGCACACCAUUUGUUUUGCCUGUUAGGACCUGUUGACCCAAACAAAAACGCAUUGCCUGAAAUAUUAGUAGUAAUUCAGUUAUGCUUAGAAGGUCAAGUCAGCAAAUCUACAGUUGCAGAUGGACUUGGAAGAGGACGUAGAGCUGCUGGUGAUCUUAUUCCGUGGACUAUUGCUCAGCAGUAUCAAGAUCAGGAUUUUCCUACACUUGCAGGGGCGCGAAUCGUCCGAAUUGCAACACACCCUGAUUAUCAGGCGAUGGGAUAUGGCACCCGAGCAUUACAACUUUUGAAACAAUAUUAUGAAAUGAAAAUACCAAAUAUUGAUGAAAAGGUCGAAGAACCAAUUACAGAAAUCUCACAUGUCCAGGAUGAUGAAGUAUCUUUACUCAAAGAAACUGUCGAACCUCGCAACUCGUUGCCGCCUUUGCUGUUGAAAUUGAGUGAGAGACGCCCUGAGCCUCUGGAUUACAUCGGAGUAUCGUUUGGCCUCACUGAACCACUUCUUAAAUUCUGGAAGAGAGCCAAUUUUGUUCCCGUUUACUUACGGCAAACAACAAACGACUUGACUGGAGAGCAUUCUUGUAUUUUGUUAUGCAAACUGGGAACUGAUCAGGAAGAAACCAGUAAUUGGCUGGAAGCAUAUUCUAAGGAUUUUCGUCGUCGAUUUAUAACACUUCUCUCAUUCUCGUUCAGCUCAUUCUCCCCGCAUCUUGCACUUAGUGUUCUCAUAAAUAAGACUAUUCAAGUUUCUCCAAUGAGCCUAGAAAAGGAUACAUUGGACAUGUAUUUCACAACAUACGAUGUGAAGCGCCUAGAAAUGUACAGUAAUAAUAUGGCUGAUUAUCAUCUAGUCAUGGAUUUGUUACCAUCUCUAGCCAGACUCUAUUUUCUCCACUUGAUGGGUGAUGUUCAUUUCUCACCAGUUCAGUCUGCAAUUCUACUCGGUUUAGGCUUGCAGCAUAAAACCGUUGACAAAUUGGUAGAAGAGUUGGGCCUUCCUUCCUCUCAGCUCUUGGGUUUGUUCAACCGUGUCAUCCGUAGAUCGGUGCAGUACUUGAAUAGUGUGGUGGAAAACUUUAUUGAAAAUAAAAUGAUGAAUAAAAUAACAACUAAUACUGGAGUAAAUAUGAACCCUAUUGGUGGCAAGAGUAUGCACGAUGAACUUGAAGAUGCAGCUAAGGAACUGAAGAUUAAACAAAAAGCUGAACUAGACAGGUUGAAAAGAGAGAACUUAAGUCAGUACGCUAUAAAAGGUUCAGAAACAGAUUGGGAAAGUGCUCUCUCUGGAAAAAGUGGCAAUGCGAGUCUUAUUUCUGUUAAAAGUAUAGACAAAAGAAUAGCUGAUGAUGAUCCCAAGGAUUUUCCGAAGGGUGGGCAGAAGAAAAAGAAGAAGCGCUUCUCUAAGUAAUACUUUUCGAAUUGCUUUAAGAAGUUACAGAUGUGCAGUACAUGUAUAUUGACGAACAUAAAAGUACUCCUUCAAUCUUU